UUUUCCACUUUUAUUUCACUUUAUUGACAUGUGAAGGUACUUUUACUCCAUCUGGGGGACUUUUUGCUUUUGCUGUUCUCAGGUUAAAGCUCAGAAUGACUUCAGUAAUGAGAUGUUCACCAGUAAAUGGCACUAUGCCAAGGAUAUUGUCUACAGAGAGACUGUGUCCGGAACCACGAGUGGAUAUCAUGACUAUGACUUCUAUGAGUCAUAUGACAGGACUCAGACCCACAAGAUUUUGGUUUUGAAGAAUGACAUAGAGGUAGCUCAGUUCCAGAACAACUCUCCUCAGUAUCUCCCAAUAUCUGAGGAGCUGUGGAAGGCACUGGCCAAGCUCCCGUCUGUGUAUGACUAUGUGGCCUACAGGAAGGUUUUGGAAAGGUUUGGAACACACUACCUGUCUGAGGGAAGCCUUGGAGGUUCACUUAAAGUCGUUGCAACAUUUGGUAAAGAAAUGGAAAAAUGGAUGGAAAGUGAAAGCGAAAAAUAUGCGGAGUGUGAGACAAGUCAAUAUUGGGUUUUUUUUGUCCGCUUUGAAAGCGUGGACUGCACAAGUGGUGAACAUCAUUCCUCAUCUUCAGGAAGGAACAGUGCUGUGACCAAUGCUGUGAAUAAAGUGUAUGUGGAUGGAGGCAGCGUCUCACACAUCGCAGCACUGAAAACUAUGCAGUUCAGUGAUCCACGAAGGAACUGGCAGAUGUACUCAAACUGGGCUGAAUCUGUUAGAUCAUUUCCAGAAGUCACAAAACAGAAGCUGCGGCCGCUGUCAGAGCUGGUGAAGGAGAUUCAGUGUGCCGGGGUGAAGAAGCUCUACCUUCGCAGGGCCAUAGAGCAGUACCUCGCAGAGAGCGAUGCAUGUCACUGCCAGCCCUGCAAAAACAACGGCAUGGCUAUCAUGAAAGGAGUUCAAUGCGAAUGUAUCUGCAAGCCUGGCACGUCAGGACUGGCCUGUGAGCAGGGAACUGAGACAGAAGGUCAACCGGGAGUGAUCCAUGGUGGCUGGUCCUGUUGGUCUGCCUGGUCAUUGUGCUCUGGAGGUCGGAGGUCACGAAGUCGCUCCUGCUCGAAUCCGUACCCUCUGAACGGUGGACAGCACUGCACUGGACAACCAACCGAGACGUCCGACUGUGAAGAUCAAGAGCUGCAAUACUUAAAGACCAUGGAGCCUCAGUGCUUUGAUCGAACUCUCCCGGCAAGUCAGAAGUGUGGAGCCCCUCCAGCUCUAAUCAAUGGCUACAUCCUGGACCCUAAAGACAUUUACCUUGUGGGGAGUAAAGUUCAGUACACCUGCACUGACGGUUUCUAUCUCACUGGUGCGAGUACCCUGGAAUGUGGUGCUGAUCAAACCUGGUCUGAUGGCCCAGGGCUGUGCACAGUUUCAGCUUGCAAGAUUGAUUCUCUCGCUGAUGAUGUCAUAACCAGUUUUUCGAAAAAGACCAUUGGCAUCGGGGAUUCAGUUACCUUGUCCUGUCCAAAAGGUAGACAGCUACUAGGAGAAUCAACAAUUAUUUGUAACCCCAGUCUACAAUUUUCACCAGACCCAGCGGGCAUCAGGUGCAGCGAAGUCAUGACUACAGCUCUGCCACACACUGCUCCCGUAGUGCAAUGCAAACAGUGGGAGAAGCUUGUCAGAGGAAAAUGUGUUUGCAAAAUGCCCUAUGAGUGCAGUUCAUCUUUGGCGUUAUGUGCCACCGCUGCAACCAGAAGAACUUCAGUCCUUCUGAAUGUGUGCAAAAUGCACGCACUGCAGUGUAUGGGGAAGAACCACGUGAUAGCAGAGGACAGCACCUGCACAUGGCCGCAGCGAAACACAACAGGCUGCACUGGCUGUCACAUGUGGGAGAUCUGUGAUGAUCAAACCAAUGACUGUCGCUGUAAGGCCUCUGCAGAUUGCUUGACCUCUGGAUUAAACGUGUGUGUCCGUGUUGGAGAAAAUGUGACUGCAACCCCACAAACCAUGAGUGAAUGUGAAGCAGGACAUAGAAGAUGUAAAGGAGAGAAAGUGUCAGUUGUCAGUAUCCUGCCCUGCACCUCCUGAGGAUUUGGGGGGAAUGCUAACUGAUCAUUCAUAUUCUGCUACUUAUUACAGUAAUCCUUUUCUAAAUACACCCCUUUUUUCUGUGAAACCAAUAUUGUCUUAAAUUCCAUUACUUAACACAUUAAACGUAUAUUUUUAUGCAUGCAUUAAAAUAAAACUAAACUCAAUUAAGACAAAUAAUAAAUAGCACAACACCA